CUGGGACUGCAGUGCUGGAAGCUCAUUGAAAGCAGCCACUGGUGGAGGCGGGGCUCUGGCCAGUUCCCCUUCCACCUUCCCCCACCCUCCUCGUCCAACCUCUGUUUGGCCCCUUGCUCUGUUCCAGCAUUGCUGCAGCUGUUUCUCAGCUCUUUUCAACACUCCAGCUACCGACCACACGCUCUUGUUUCCAGGAUGGUGAUCCGUGUUUAUAUUGCAUCUUCUUCUGGCUCUACGGCGAUUAAGAAGAAGCAGCAGGAUGUACUUGGUUUCUUGGAAGCCAACAAAAUAGGAUUUGAAGAAAAAGAUAUUGCAGCUAAUGAAGAGAAUCGGAAGUGGAUGAGAGAAAAUGUACCUGAAGACAGUCGACCAGCUACAGGGUAUCCUCUGCCACCUCAGAUUUUCAAUGAAUCCCAGUACCGUGGGGACUAUGAUGCCUUCUUUGAAGCCCGAGAAAAUAAUGCAGUUUAUGCCUUUUUGGGCUUGACUGCACCACCUGGUUCAAAGGAAGCAGAAGCCCAGGCAAAACAGCAAGCUUGAGUGUCAUGCAUUCUUCCAUCAGCAUCUUGAAAAAGAGUGAAUCUCCAUUGCUUUUCUAAAAACCUUGGCUUCAAAAGAAAUAGGCAAUACUGUUGAAAUAAUAGAUUAGUUGAUGUUCUCGCAUGCAAACAAGCAUAAUUUAAAUGUGAACAUGGUAGUGAGAAAAUGAGAGAUGAAGUUAAAACUUUAAGUAGAUAUCAUAGAAUAGUAUUGUUAUCUGCCAAGAUAUUUUAUGUUCUGUAAGGAUUUUUCAAAAAAAGGAAAAACAUAUCUUCUUUUUUUUUUUUUUUGAUAUUUCUGUGUAGCUUAAAGAUAUUUUCAUUUCAACAUUGAGGAAUUAACAGAGGAGAAAGAGAGAAAGAAACUAAUUCCAAAAUUGCCUCAUUAAUAAUCAUGAAUAUUUUGAUGUGAUGUUGCUGAAAUGUAUUUGCAAGUUAUGUUUAUGAUGUGUUAGGCAUUUUAAUUUCCUAUGGUGACUGGGAAAUUCUCAUUCUUUCAUGGAAGCAAUGUGUAUGUCCUGAACCACAAGUUUUUCUGGUUUCAAAUGUAACCUUUUAUUGCACAUUCAGUGAUCAAAAUAGUUGGCGUCCCACAAGAGAAGCAUUGAAUGCAUUCCACUGGCAGAUUCCUUGUUUACUGAUACAGUUAUAACAUAAUUAUGCUUCUAAGUUGUUUGCAUCAGUAAAAAUAUGAAAUUUUAAGUCAGGGAAAGAAGAUUGCAAUUAAUUUUAAAUUGGCCCUUCUUGCAAAGAGCUCAGGCUUUUAAUUAACCAUUAUAUAAUAUCUUGAUUGUCUUUGCUCAACAUUUACUUUCCUUUGGUAUUUGCUAAAAGAAAUCUUAAUGGCUACCUUCUCCUGCUUUAAUAUAGCUAGUGAUCAUGAAUGCCACUCUCUCGAUAGCUGAACUUUUUGUUUCAGUUUAGGCAGAUUGUGUCAAUGCAUCAGUCCAAGCAGAAAGAAUCAUUGGCAUGGUUUUAUUUUGCCAGAAAGUUCAAGUGUCAAAGAAAAGGAACAUUUGAAAUAUUUUGAAGAUAAACAUGACCCAAUUCAGUUAACCAGAAGGUACUGAUACUGUAUCUUUCUAUGUGUUACUUUAUUUUUAUGAAUGCAAUCACGCUUUACUUCAAAUUACUGUGUAAUAUCUGCUGUUGUAAGACUGCACUCCACAAAAAUUCAUUAUAAAAUGAAGCAAUAGUUUUGUUUACUGAAAUUCAAGCUUGAUUUGAUGCUUUAAAAUAAAUGUUUUUGGAAAUUAUGUGUCGCUGGCCUCUAAAUAAUGUACAAUAAUUUUGAUGAGUAAUUUUCUUUUAUUGUUGGUUAGAAAGGAGAAAAACAAAACAAAACAAAUAAGCAAAACAAUUUGAAGACAAUUUCCCAGUAAAAACUAAAGUGACAUAAAUUUUGGACUAUGUAUUGGAGUCAAAAGUAAUCCUUUUUUACUUUUUUCUUUUUACAAAAAAAUAUUUCUCAGAGAACUCUGUGGGAAAUAGAGUGCUUUUAAUGGAUUCUGGAGUGAGCAAAAUAAUUUUAGCUAUUAUUUUUCCUUAACAUUGCUAAGUGCAGCAGGUGAUAUUCUAUGUGGACAAUUUAACUUUUGUUUUGUAUUAAAUAAUACUGUUUCAGACAGGUGUUAUUCAAAAAUAGUUGCAUUGGAUGAUGUUUAUAUCCAUGGGAUAAUAACCUGAAAUCAACUUAAAUCUGUACAUUUAAAAUGAAAGUUUAGAUCGAGUCUUCUCCAGUAGAAGCCUUCUGUUUUGUCAACUGAGAAACAUGCCUGAGAGAUGAAAGAAAAGGAAAUAAAAUUCUGAGGAUUAAGAUGAGUUUUGAAAGAAGCUCCACAGUACAUGCCUGGGAAAUAAAAUUCUUGAUGCUUUU